UCUUCACCUCUUCUUCACCUUUUCUUCUCAGGUGCUUUUGAUCCCAACAUACCAGAGGAGGGACCUUCAGCGCCUCCUGCUGGCUGGCUGGAUGACGUACACGGAUACCAGGGCCACAGAGGAGGAGAGGGCGAAAACCCGUUGUGUCCACCCCCCCCUGCCUACACCCCCCAGCCUGAACUCAACAAGAACACUCUGGUGCCCGACGUCAGGGUCCCCACAGUGUCGGAGGAUGUGGCCCGGGACGCCCUGCUCAAGUUUGUGGAAUCAAAAUGGAAGUACAGCUCCAAACCUGCCAGGAACCUGGUCUUCAAAGAGCUGAAGCCCGUCUUAGUGUACAGGUAUCGACUGGAGACCUACACUGAGACCAGGACCAGCACCUGGCAGUUUGAACCCUACAAUGGACAGGCGGUGGACGGUCCUCAGUACGGUAUGAGUCCUCCUCCGUGGGACAUUCCGAUGGUGCUGCCGCAGAGAUACAGCGACCGGGUGGAGAAGGUCCUCGUGCCGCACUCGUCCAUCGUGAAGCUGUGUCACAAGUGCAACGGCUGUGGAAGAACUCGCUGUGGACACUGCCACGGGAGAGGCCGGAAGCGCUGCACCUUCUGCCACGGACACGGCCGCUCCAGGAACAAGCGCUGCACCUCCUGUCACGGCCGAGGACGUAAGAGGUGUACCUUCUGUCAGGGCCACGGCUACAAGACCUGCUGUGUUUGUCACGGCAGCCAAAACCUGCUGCACUUCAUCCAGCUCACCGUGACGUGGUACGCCGAAGCGUCACGUAUUCAUCACAAUGUCUUCUUCUGCAGGUCUGCUUCUGUGUGCUGACUCGUGUGUUUGUGUGUGUCU